UAUCGUCGCCCCCAAUCUCUUCUCCGAGUCAACCCCAACGAGAAGCGAAGGAGAACGAAAUCGAAGCAAGGGAGAAUGCCGUGCCUUAACCUCUCCACCAACGUGAGCCUCGACGGCGUCGACACCUCCGCUAUCCUCUCCGAGGCAUCCAAGACCGUCGCCAGGCUCAUCGGCAAGCCCGAAGCCUAUGUGAUGAUAGUCCUUAAAGGGUCGGCGCCCAUGUCCUUCGGGGGAACCGAGCAGCCCGCUGCGUACGGCGAGCUGGUCUCCAUAGGCGGCCUGAACGCCGACGUCAACAAGAAGCUGAGCGCCGCCGUCGCGGCCAUCCUGGAGACCAAGUUGUCCGUCCCCAAAUCCCGCUUCUUCCUCAAGUUUUAUGACACCAAGGGCUCGAACUUUGGAUGGAAUGGGUCGACGUUUUAGGGUUUUUAUGGCCUUGGUCCUUUAAAUCGAGUAUGUUGGAGUCAAAUGCUAUGCAUGUUGUCAUAAAUAUAAUGGUGUGAUCUGUGUGUGACUUUUGGCAAAGUUAUCUGUCAUCUCUAUGCAGAUCUAUUGCACUUUCGCUAA